CUUGACUACAACACAUCUUCCACACCGCUUUACUUACCAUAAGUAGCUCCUGCACUUUCCCAGUAAACACUAGAAUCGACGAGACGUGAUGUCCGCACCAGACUACUUGGCUUCAACCAACUCGACCGUUGUCAACAACGGUAAACCCGCUAAUGGAGAAGAGGACCUCCACAGGUAUGUCACCGACGACAUACCUCGUAUUCGUAAGACAAACGUCAAUGGUCUUGACGACCGUGGCAAUCCUCUCAUCACGGUCCAGCCUCUGAGGAAAAACGACAUGCAACCUUCGUACGCUCAGAACCUCGGCACAGGAGGUAUUGAGCACGGCUUCUAUGGAAGCAUGAUGCAAUCCCUCGGUGCGUGCGUAGGAUCUAUCGGGAUGAUCCCAUGUUGUCCAUGCCCAAACCCCUUCAAGAAUGUUGAUCAAGGUUCCGUCGGGUUGGUCAGCCGCUUCGGACAAUUCUACAAGGCCGUGGACCCUGGUCUGGUGAAGGUCAACGUUUGUUCAGAGACCAUUCGUGUCGUCGACGUCAAGAUCCAGCUCACGUCUGUCCCCAGACAGACCGUGCAGACUAAAGACAAUGUAAGCGUUGACGUUGACAGUGUCAUAUGUUGGCAUGUGGUCUCGCCAUACAGGGCAGCAUUUGGAAUCAACGAUGUCAGGUGGGCAUUGGUGGAGCGUGCACAGACCACCCUCAGGCAGGUUGUAGGAGGCCGAGUGCUGCAAAGUGUCAUCUCAGACCGCGAGGGGCUUGCUCAAGAAGUGGCAGAAAUCAUUGAAGCGACGGCCGAGAAAUGGGGUGUUGCUAUCGAGUCAAUUCUUCUUAAAGACAUCAACUUCUCGAUCGAGCUCCAGCAAUCCCUCUCGUCCGCCGCCACCCAGAAGAGAAUCGGAGAGUCUAAAGUCAUUGCUGCCAGGGCAGAGGUAGACGCCGCCAAGCUCAUGCGUCAAGCUGCAGAUAUCCUUGCUUCUCCCGCUGCCAUGCAGAUCAGGCAGCUCGAGGCGUUACAAGCCAUGGCCCGUACCGCAGGGGCGAAAGUGGUCUUUGUGCCUAUGAAUCUCAACACGAUGGGUUCGUCCGGUAUGGACAGCGUGGCUCAACAAAUUGCUGCUUCUGUUCAUGCCGACAACGCCGAAGCUGGUCCUGGUCCUGCCACCAACGCCGGUCUCUUGAGUUCCAUGGCCAAUGUCUGAUUGUUGUUUAAUGGCGUUCGAUCAUCUUUUUGUGUGUACUGCUUGUCUGGGAGUGUAAUAAAUGAGAAAUUGGGCAAUCUGUAAGAUGGGGAGAGGAAUAUAGUACGUGAUAUGCAAUGCUUGUAUCUCAGCGAGACUUGGCCAAAAUAUCUGGGAGCUUUCGCGCGCUAUGUGUAAAGGAAGACAAGUGUCAUAUUAGUCUGAAUGCGAUGAAGUGAUACAUGCAGACAAGC